UGGUUCCCGGGAGACUGGCGUUGUCAGCACCUUCCAUCCCAUGUCCCUCAUCCUCCCUCCCAGUUUGUGAUGAAGGCGUGUAAGCAAGGAAGAGGCAGUGCAUGCGCAUGCCCCCCCCCCCACACACACACACAAACAAACACUCCGUCAAGCAGAGUGAGUCCAGCUCUCAGUGGACUCAGUCCGUGCUGUGUGUCAGCAGGUAUGCCGCAGAGAAAAAGGAGUUUCACUUUUGGAGCCUAUGGAGGGGUGGACAGGAGUUUCUGCAAGGCAAGGACCGGGAAACAUGAUGGGGGUGAGCCCAGAAUUUGCGGCGCACUAGAGCCUCUGUCAUUCCAGCCAAAACUCACACACAGCACCGUGACAACCCAGAAGACUGCUGAGUUAUUUGAAAUGAUUGAAAAGAUGCAGGGGAACAGGAUGGAUGAGCAGAGAUGCACCUUUCCACCCACGCUCAAGACCGAGGAGGACUACAUUCCCUAUCCAAGUGUCCACGAGGUUUUGGGAAGGAAGAGCCCCUUUCCUCUCAUCCUUCUCCCGCAGUUUGGCGGUUACUGGAUUGAGGGAACAAAUCACGAGCUGGGUAAUAAUCCGGACCCAUCGGAGCCGCUGCAGACUUUGUCCCCGGACACCCGCACAAAGCUGGAAUGUAACGCAACGGCCACAUUCUACCGCAAACACUUUCUGCCAAAGGAACACUUUAAUUACUAUUCAGUGGACGGCGCCCUGGGACAUCUGGUGUUCUCUUUAAAGUACGACGUGAUCGGUGACCAGGAGCAUCUCCGACUAAUGCUUAGGACCAAGCAAAAAACAUACCACGACGUCAUCCCCAUCUCCUGCCUGACUGAGUUUCCUAAUGUGGUCCAAAUGGCCAAGCUCGUCUGUGAGGAAGUCAACGUGGACCGCUUCUUCCCAGUGCUUUAUCCAAAAGCCUCGCGACUUAUUGUGACAUUUGAUGAGCACGUCAUCAGCAACAACUUCAAGUUUGGGGUCAUUUAUCAAAAGUUUGGCCAGACUUCAGAGGAGGAGUUAUUUGGCAAUAACCAAGAGAGUCCUGCCUUUGUGGAAUUUCUGGAGUUUCUUGGGGAGAAAAUUGAGCUUCACCACUUUAAAGGAUUCCGUGGAGGCUUGGACGUGACUCACGGCCAGACUGGCACAGAAUCCAUCUACUGCAACUAUGGCAAUAAAGAGGUCAUGUUCCACGUGUCCACAAAGCUGCCUUACACCGAGGGGGACACGCAGCAGUUACAGCGAAAGCGGCAUAUAGGCAACGACAUCGUGGCAAUUGUAUUCCAAGAAGAAAACACUCCCUUUGUGCCAGAUAUGAUCGCCUCCAACUUCCUUCAUGGCUACGUUGUGGUCCAAGUGGUCAAUCCGUGUUCAGACAAUGUUCUUUACAAGGUGUCCGUGACAGCACGGGAUGACGUACCUUUCUUCGGUCCCGCCCUCCCAAACCCUGCUGUCUUCAAAAAAGGCCCUGAAUUCCUUGAAUUCCUUUUCACAAAACUCAUCAAUGCUGAAUACGCCUGCUAUAAAGCUGAAAAGUUUGCAAAGUUAGAGGAGCGAACGAGGUCAGCCUUGUUGGAAACACUUUACGAGGAGCUGCACGUGAACACCCAGGCCAUGAUGGGUGUCGGGGGAGAUGACGACAAGAUGGAGAAUGGCGGCGGCGGCGGCGGCGGCGGAGGAGGCUUCUUUGAGUCAUUCAAGCGGGUGAUACGCAGCAGGAGCCAGUCUAUGGACGCCAUGGGUUUUACUUUCAAGAAGCCGCACACGGUGCCGGCUAGCCUCAGCGGAAGCUUUAACCACUGCACACCCGCAGAGAGCCCCAAAUUCCCAGGGAUAUCAUUGCUUGUCCCAGGCAAAAGUCCCAGUAAAUAUGGACGUCGAGGCAGUGCCAUAGGAAUAGGAUCAGUAGAAGAGUCUUUGAUUAUUCCGGGGAAAAGCCCCACCAGGAAAAAGUCUGGUCCCUUCAGCUCCAGGCGAAGUAGUGCCAUCGGGAUUGAAAAUAUUCAGGAAGUGCAGGAGAAAAGCAGAGAGAAUUCCCCAAACACCCAAAAGACACCCGACAGCGGCCACGUCUCUCAGGAUCAGAAAUCGGACAACUCAUCUAAUCAGAGCUCACCUGAGGCUCUCACCACCACCAAAAACAGGGCCCCAUCCAUCCCCGAGGCCAAUGACCUUUCGCGCUCCUCGUCAAACGCUAGCAGCUUUGCCAGCGUGGUGGAAGACAACGAGGUGGUGGAGGAUUAUGACACGGGCAUGGAGAGUUUGUCAUCUGCCGGGACACCACACAAGCGGGACUCUCUCACAUACAGCACGUGGAUGGACGACAGUGCGAGCAGCGCCAGUACCAACAGCCACGGCACCUCGCCAGGUCCUGCUAAAAGUGAGAGGGGGAAAGGAACAGACAUCCGCAUCAAACUCGAGCGACCUCACGAUCAGCAGUCGUCGUCGUUGAGUUGAGUUCACUGCCGUCGUACAGCGCUCGUAUCUCAGAACUGUUAGCCCGUCCCACCUGCUCGCAUUGCGGAUUUCCAUCUUCAGCAUUCCCAUCAAUCACAGCCCCUCCGGGAGAUGAGCCAGUGCAGGCGUUGGCUAUGACCGAUGUGCCGAACACGGGAGAAAAGCAACGAGCGUCGGGCACGGUUCCUCACUCGACAGCUGCUCGGUGAAGGUUGCAGCAUGCCGCAUUCACAUAUGGCAGGAGAUGCGCCAGGAGGGCCAAACUUUGGCACAGUGUGAUUUUGUGGCACUCAUUUGUGCACUCAUGGUUCCCGCAACCUGUUCUGUCUUGAUGCAUAACACGUUAGACUUUGUGUUCUUGAAUGUUUCAACUCCACAGGGUAAGAAGGAGGCUGUGAAAAUCUGUGUCAAAAUGACCUUGCGGGUUUUAAUCUGGUUUAAUUCAAAUUCAUUUUCUUUCAUUUUUAAAAGGGACAGUGUACGGCAAUUAACACUGUAAUAAAUGUGAAGUCACUCGUUAGCUGAAAGGCUAGUUUUUGUCUGCAGUCUCUUUGCCUUAUGUUACUGGACAUCCUAAAAUAAAUAAGAGUAUAUUAUCAAUAAAAGCAGUUAUUGACAUCUGCAAACAAAUACCCAAAUUGGUUUUCCAGCAUUAUAGCUAUACAGUGGUGCCUUGAGACAAGUUAACCUACUUAUUUCAAGAUGCAGUUGUCAUUGGGUAAUUUUUCUUUUCCUUUGGCAAAUACUUGAGGCCCAUAUUAAAGCGGUUUAUUAUAAUAUCACACCGAGGUUAGCUUUGACUCUUCAUUUUUCUGUAUUGUACUGACCCCUGGCGGCCAAGGUGGGCACUUCAGCGAGAGCAGUAAAGCGUAUUGAAUUGAAGCAUUUAGUUAUGAUGCGCUGAACUGUUUACCUAUUUAUACUCCCUGUAAUUACGCUACUGCUCUUUUGUUUUAUGAUAUUAUAGAGUGCUAUUUUUCUGAUAAGAAAACAUUUUAGGGGGUUUGGGAGGCCAUUCCUUUCAACGGGGAGAGAUAAUUAUGGAGUGGUCACGGAAGUAAUUAAACUUGUAUUUUAAGGCACCACUGUAUUUCUUUUAAUGGAAUCAAACCUCCCUCCCGCAGACAAUGAUGAAAGGCAGUACAGGAUUCCAACGAGUCGGUGCAGUACAGCCAAUAUAUGCUGUUUGGAAUUUGGAAGCAUGCAACAUUGACUUGUUUUAAUGCUUUGUGUUUCUUGACCACUUUUUAUUUAUUUUUCCAGUUUGGUUUUCUUUGGAUGUUUGAUUAAGUUGAUUCUGGAGUGACGUCUAUCUAGAUGGGGAUGUUCUUUUUCCUUUGCAUGAAUUUGAAUGUUUUGAACUGUGUGUGAAACAGGGGUCAACUCCUUACUCAGUACAAGAAAUUUAAAACAAGGAGUUUUUAUUGGCUUUGAAGUUGGAAAAAAUGCUCCAAAUUCAACUGCUGAUUGUGCAAAUAAAAUAUAAAAUGGGGGGUGCAAAAUUUAAAAAGGCUUGACCAAAUCAACAGUGCAUUAUUGUUCAGCACUGUACAUUUAAAAUUGUAUUUUUGAGAGCUUUUGGAUAUUGAUUCUAAAUAAUUUUCUGGCUAUUGUGUAAAAGGGAGCAUCUGUAUAUUAUCUGGAUUAUUUCAGUUGCCUUACCACAAACAAAUAUAGUUCAUGAAGCAAAUGUUUGUUGUUGUUUUUAUUGUAAAUAAAUCCCAUGCUACGUUG